CAUAUUGGACGCAAACCCUCUUUAAACUCCACUGAAGAAGAAGAAGAAGCCGAAGCAGAAGUGGGGGUAUUUUAUUUGCCACACUGCUGUCAAGGCAACAGAACUCAUGUAGCUAGCUAGCAGGGCCGUGAAAUAAAUUAAAUCAUGUUGCAAAACGUGGAAUUUCUUAUAUUUGAGCCAUAAUUUGCUUGCUAGAGCAAUUAGAUUCUAGCGUUUGCCACUUGCGGAGCGAACUUUAGCCACUCGUUGUUGCUGAAGUUAGCUAGCUAGCUAACAAAACAAGUUUGUCACAGACAAAAGGGGAAACUAGUGUCUUUGAAUUUGUCAUUUUUUAUUAACUAGUUAACUAUGGCAAGUAAAAAGCUCAGAAGAACGGGUGUGUCACUCGAAGUAUGCGAACGACUCAAGCGCCACCAAAUUGAAAGUUGCCAGAAUAGAUGGGGUAGAAACGAGAUGCCUUUCGCAACGGUGACUACUAUGCCCCUUGUCACCAGGACCUGCUGUCCCUCACACCUCUAGAGGUGAUGCGCCUCGCGGGGCAGAGUUACCAACAGGUGUUGAUGCUACUUCAGUCAGUCAGCAAGGCCUGUGCCCCCUCAAUGACCACGGCGUUGGAGGUGUGGAAGCAGAGGGCUGACCUGUGUUUCUCCACAUCCCUACCUGCCCUGGACAGACUGCUUCAGGGAGGGCUACCACGGGGGACACUCACAGAGGUGACUGGCCCCUCAGGUUGUGGGAAGAGCCAGGUGUGUAUGAUGCUCAGUGUGCUGGCCACUCUGCCAAAGUACAUGGGUGGCCUCGACAGCGGAGUUAUCUACAUAGAUACAGAGGCGGCUUUCUCAGCAGAGAGGUUAGUGGAGAUUGCUCAGAACAGGUUUCCAGACUAUUUCUGUGAGAAGGAGCGUGUGUUGGAGAUGGCUGGACGUGUCCACCUUUUUCAGGAGCUCACGUGUCAGGAUGUCCUGGACAGACUGGAGAGGCUGGAGGAGGACAUCAUCUCCUCCAAGGCUGGGUUGGUGAUUCUUGACUCGGUGGCCUCAGUGGUGAGGAAGGAGUAUGACACAACACUUCCUGGGAACCUCAGUCACCGCAGCAACCUGCUGGGCCAGGAGGCUGCCACCCUCAAAUACCUGGCUCAGGCCUUUCACAUCCCUGUGGUCUUGACCAACCAGAUUACGACGCAUGUGGGCGAUCGAGGAGAGAGAAGCGCUGCGUCAUUCAGGGGAGCAUCCGAUGAGAGGGAUUCUGGGUAUGUGACGGCGGCGCUGGGGAACACGUGGAGUCAUAGCGUCAACACCCGCCUCAUUGUCCAGUAUGUAGACGCACACCAAAGACAGAUUGUGAUAGCGAAGUCACCUGUGGCCCCGUUUGCUGUUCUAAACUACACCGUCCAGAAGGAGGGCAUCCGUCUAGAGGACAGUGCUGCCCUGUGUUGCUCCUGCGGCCUGACCUUUCCAGCCCUGACAGCUGACACGCAGCCCCGUUCCCACACCACACGCCUGCCCUGGCCACAUCCUCUGAAGGACCCCCAGCCAACACACACACAUGAAAUGAUGAUAACCAGGAAGUGUUGCAUCAAGGCACAGACCCGGGCCUCCAGCCGAUCAGAGUGAGGACAGGAUUCAACUACAACCUGACACAAGCCAAUCCUGCUGCCGUUGGCCAUCUGAAGCGUCUUUGACUCUGGGAACUGUGUGUGUGUGUGUGUGUGUGUCAGGGCUCUACAGUGCUACCAUUUUGGGGGCAUAUGCUCCCAAAUAUUUUGCUGUGCUACCAGGAAUUUUAAUUUGGGAAUUCCAAUGACCAUAGAAAACAAAUCACCCAAAUAAUAAUUGUUGUUAUGAUUUCUCCGCAGCCUCGGUAGUAUGCAAACAUGGUGGCACAGAAAGAAAGGAAAAUAGCUUUUUUAGGAGAUGAGGAUUCAUAUAGACCCAAUGGAUAUGGAACGGUGUUUGGGUCUUUGCGUGUCAAAAAUGAUACAAGUCAAAUAACGCUAUUUGACGUGUCACGUAACGCUAACACAAUUUGACACGUCAAAUAGGCUUGUUGACCAAUCAGGACCUGAAUAUGACUACACGUCACAUAAUGUUUUACGUAGUUAUUACACAUUGAUUACACAAUCACCGCUGAACAUAAAAUAGCUAGCUAGCUGAUGGAUGCAAACAAUGUUCUUUGCCAAAAACAUAGCAAAAUGACAUCCGUUUCAGUAGCUGUAGUUAACUAUCUAGCUAGGUGGUGUCAUCUAAAAUACUCCUAAUUUAUAAGACAGUUCUUAUUUGAUUAAUGGUGGUUGGACCCACCUAUGUGAAGCUAGCCACAAGAGUGGAAUUGGCAGUUCGCCUUCAAAAAUGAAAUGUUAUUUGUCACAUGCGCCAAAUACAACACCUUACAGUGAAAUGCUUACUUCCAAGCCCUUAACCAACAAUGCUUUAAGAAGUUAAGAAAAACGUGUUAAAUAGAAAAAAAGAAAAGCAUUUUUUUUUGUCCAUUUUAAAAUAACAUCAAUUUGAUAAGAAAUACAAAGUAUACAUUGUAAAUUACUAUUGUAGCUGGAAAUGGAUGAUUUCUGAUGAAAUACAGAGGCAUACAGAGGCCUAUUAUCAGCUACCAUCACUCCUGUGUUCCAAUGGCACGAUGUGUUAGCUAAUCCAAGUUUAUCAUUUUUAAAGGCAAAUUGAUCAUUAGAAAACCCUUUUGCAAUUAUGUUAGCACACCUGAACUUGUUCUGAAGCAAUAAAUCUGGCCUUCUUUAGACAAGUUGAGUAUCUGGAGCAUCAGCAUUUGUGGGUUCGAUUACAGGCUCAAAAUGGCCAGAAACAAAGAACUUUCUUCAGAAACUUGUUAGUCUAUUCUUGUUCUGAGAAAUGAAGGCUAUUCCAUGCGAGAAACUGAAGAUAUUGUACACCGCUAAAACUAGCUAGUUACCCCAGAAGUUGCUGAUAGCAUCUGUAUCAGAGAUAUUUGCAAACAUUUUUGAUCCUGAUCUAAUUUCAAAUGCUCACACAGACGUUUUCCCAUUCGGUCAAACAAAUAAUUCCUUAUUACCAACGCAGUAUUCUACCACUUGACUGUGAUCGUAAUGGUGGCUCUUGGCUUGCACGUGCAAAUUCAGCACACACAGCAUUCUACAAUAGAAUUGUAUUAUUUGACAUGUCAUAUUAAAAGAUUAUUUGACCAGUCAGUGUUAUUUGAUGUUUUUUUUUACAUGCGAAUAAAGAAACGCCAUUCCAUAAAUGUAGGCUAUAUCUCAAUCUUAAACAUCUAUUUUACUGGUGAUAAACCCUGUAUUUUGUAAUUGCUGGCAAUUCUUCUCAUUAAAAGGGGCAAUCUGCUUUUACUCCAUUUUUUUUAUUAUAAAUUAAUAAUGUAAACCCAUUGAUUCUUGAGGAGUAUAAUUUAUAAAUGCCCCAUGAGCUUAUGAGACAAAAUAUAAGCUUUAUGUAAACAAAGACUGCCUCAAAACAAAAAAUGAACAUUUUGAUAUCAUGGAUUGUUAGUCCUUGCAUCCAUAGCUCUAUCAUUUAAGUUUAUCCAGCCCCAUCCCGUAACCUUUUACAGAAACAAGCCGUUAUCAUUUCAACUGCGGAUUGCCUCUUUAAUAUUUGUCAUUGUGCUCCUACAUUUUUCAGCUUAGGACCACAUGUGCUCCUUGGAAGAACUGUAGAGCCAUGUGUGUGUGUGUGUUUUAAUGUGUGUGUCUGCUUGUCUGUGUUUGUGACUUAGUGUCUAACAUUCCCCUUGUUGUUCUCAAAAUACCAUGUACAAUACUGUAUAUUCAAAUAAAACACAUCACCAACCUGCCA